CUUUUCGCUUUCAGUCUUUCUCUCUCUCCCUUUCAUACGCUGUGAGCCCCGAUCUAUAAAAGAGGCCAGCCCUGCCAAGUGAACACAACAGUCUCACCCGUCCAACAGUCCAAGCUGCUCCGUUUGCUUUCCCUUUCAUUUGAGAGCUAUAGACACACAGUGAACGGUUCAAGAUGUUUGUCGUCUACCUUAUUGCUGCUGUUUUAAUUGCUCAAGUGCAAUCGGCCGCCCUUCCUGAAUCGGAAGCUGUGCCUAUUGAGACAGUGAUUAUCGAAACUAAGGAGAACAAGGAAGCAAAGGCAUCUGUGGACACGGUCGAUUUCGCACUACUCGAAUACACAGAGAAAGAUCACGAGAAAGAUAUCGACUCUUACCUGGACACUGCCGUCCAAGCUGAUAAAUUCGGAUGCGGAUCGAGGCUGAUCUGCGAGCUCCAUCGACGAGCUGAAAGCGAAUUGCUGCCGGAAGAAGUUCUUUUGCGAUCAAUGUUCGAUGGUAAGCCUUUGGCUGUUUCGUCUGACGGACCCAAGGUCGCCAAAGGACGCGGAGUCUUCCAGUACGCGGCGUUCAUCGGCUCGACUGCCAAGAACUCCGAAACUUGCAGUCGCGCUUUCUCGCGCUGCCCGUUCGACUCAGACACCAUCCUGAUCGUUUUCAGGGCGAUCGGAACCUCUCCAGCUCUUAAAUCCCUUUCUCAUCCUUUCCCCAGUCACAAACUUCAGCCACCUAAGGAAAUCGCCUCAUCUUAAACGUUACCUCUUAUUAACUGCAAUCCUGCCAGUUUUCAGCAGUUUUUAACCUACCCAUUCCUUUUUAUUCAUCAAAUCACUCAUUAUACCAACCCAAGAGUUUUAUCAAUUUUUUUAUCGUCCCCAUUAAAUGUUGCUGACUUAAACAAAUACAAAUUUUUAUAUUAUA